AUGCCUCCCCAAGAAGGAUUGGUUCACCCCAAGGAAUACGACAUCAAAGACAGCAAUGUGGAAUUGAUUGGGUCCGAUCUUGACCACCGUGUCAAAUACAAUUCUGCCGCUUCAGAGCCCGCUUGGAACAAUGGAAAGGUGGGACGAGAACCAGGACUAUUCAUUUGGCGCAUUGAGGACUUCGAAGUCGUCCCCUGGCCCAAGGAGAGAGCUGGCGAAUUCUACGACGGCGACAGCUUCAUCGUGUUGCAUUCAUACAAGGUUGGCGAUGACAAGCUAGGCCAUGAUAUCUUUUUCUGGCUAGGAAGUAAGACUACACAAGAUGAAGCUGGUACAGCUGCCUACAAAACAGUUGAACUGGAUGAAUUCUUGCAUGGUGUUGCCACGCAGCACCGUGAGAUUCAGCAGCGGCCCUCGGAAGAGUUCCUAUCUCUGUUCCGUCAUUACUCUAUUCGGUCAGGUGGUGUGCGAUCCGGGUUCAACCACGUUGAGCCUGAAGAGCCAAAAGAAGUGCUUACCUUGCUUCGUAUCUUCAAGUACCCUGGAUCUGGUCGCAUCAGCCCUCUUGUUGUCCAUGAGGUUGAGCCGACAUGGGAGAGUCUGGAUGAGAAUGAUGUCUUUGUCUUGGAUAAGGGCAACAAGAUCUGGGUCUGGCAGGGCAAGAAAUGCAGCCCGAUGGAGAAAGCCAAGGCUGCCCAAGUGGUCAAUGACUUGACAUUAGCCAAGCACGUGGAUGUUGAAGUGCUUUCUCAGCUCGAGUCAAGAUCAAGGAUCGUUGUGGAUUUGCUGGGCGGAAAGGAGGCUGAUCAGUCAUCUUUGCAAGCACAAAGACCUGGAUACUUCUCUAAGUCGACCCAUGAGGACAGUACCAGUUCCCGUCCUCGCAAACUGUUCCGAUUGAGUGACGCCUCGGGAACAUUGUCAUUUGAUUAUGUCAAGGAUGGCCGUGUUCAACAAUCUGAUUUGGAUAGCAAGGACGUGUUUCUCUAUGACACGGGCAGCCGACUUUGGGUCUGGCAAGGCCUUGAGGCUAGUGAUCGGGAGAAGGCUGUAUGGAUCAAGUUUGCCCAGGCUUAUAUAAGCCAUCUUCAAGAUAGCCAAGGAGUCUCCGAUGCUUUCCUCACUCCUAUUUCCAAGGUCGUUCAGGGACAUGAAAGUCCAGCAUUCAUGAAAGCAAUUGCAGUUUAA